UUAUUGAUAAUUACUAUUAACUAUUACCCUAAUAAGUGCUGAUACAUUUGCUGGAAAAUUCGUGCCAAAUAAGUUAUGUGCAACGUGUGCUUUUUCAAAUUUUGUGCUAGAUGAUGCACUAUUAACAAAAUCUGUGCUCAAUUAUGUUCUGUUCAUCACGAUGAUGUUUCACCAACAAUCAUAAACAACUUUCCUUCUAGGUGUUUCUUGGCAUAACUUGUUAGGGGUUAUACAACAUUACAGGCAGUAUGGCUGAUUGGAAAGACAUUGAACAGUUGCAAGCUGAGUUCAAGACGGCACAACUUUCAUCUGCUGCACAAAAGUUAUCUGAAAGAAAUUGUAUUGAAAUUCUUAACAAACUGCAAGAAAUGAAACUUCUUGAUGUUCUGCAUUCAGUUGACGGCAAAGAAUAUUUAACGCCAACACAUCUUGCUAAGGAAAUACGGGAUGAGCUUUACAUGCAAGGAGGUCGUAUUAACUUGGUUGAUCUGCAACAAGCUCUAAAUGUGGAUUUCUCUCACGUUGAAGCUAAAUCAAACGAACUUGUCAAAUCGGAUCGUAACUUGCAGCUUAUUUAUGGACAGAUGAUUGACAGCACUUACUUGGAUCGAUUGGCUGAAGAAAUAAACGAAAAUCUUCAAUCUACCGGUCAACUCACCAUUGCUGAACUCAGUAAACAAUAUGACGUCCCUGGAGAUUUUCUUAUCCCGGAGUUGAUUUCAAGAAUUGGGAAACAAAUUGAUGGAAAAUUGGACGAAAUCAACAGAAAUGCUAUUUUUACCGAAGCAUACAUUGCAAAACAUAAGGCUCGCAUACGUGGUGUAUUGAGCGCCGUUACACGUCCGAUACAGCUUUAUCCACUCAGCCACGACCAUGGAUUAUCUAUGCAACUUUUGUUCUCUAUAGUUGAAGAAUUGAUCAAAGAGGGGAGGAUCAAAGGACAAAUCGCUGGUGGCCGUUCCGAAAAGUCAAUGUUUUUGCCAGAAAUUCACACUCAGACACAAAACCAGUGGAUUGACAACUUCUAUGCACAGAACAACUACAUUGAAUUCGAUGCCGUCUCGAGACUUGGUAUUUCUGACCCCAAGUCUUAUGUGCGUCGUCGACUCACAACAAACCCCCCGUUGUUCCUCAAGUCCGUGUGUGUCGGCCAAUCUAUUGUUGACCAAAUAAUGGCAACUGUUGAUGAAACAAUCGCUAAUGGAGACUGGGUUGAUAUGAUGAAUUUUCUUCCGACAUCGUUCCUCGAUGAGGAUUGCAAUCAACUUCUCCACCACGUGAUGCGGGAGAGGAAGAAGAUCAAAUCCUCCGUGCCCGGGAUCAUAUUUGCCAACAGUAUCGUCGCAAACGAAGCUUUUGUGAAUUCAUGUCUCAAAUAUUUCGACGGUAUGAUGAGAGAAAAAGCAGAAAAGGAUGUGAAAAAAUCUUCAGUGUUUGCUCUUACUGAAGAAGAAAGGAAAGAAUAUUUACAUCAGACCACGGGAGAUCCGAAAAAGAAAAGCGAAAAAAAAGAUGAUCGAAGAAAAAAGGCCACAGAAGGUUCUGGUAGCGUAAAACAAGGGUUUGAGGGAGCUAGUGGAUCGGGGAAAGGAGCUCGUGAGGUGAAAACGAAAGGAAAGGACAAGAAACGUUUAAAGUGGAAGAAAGAGCAUGAGACGCAGACGGAGACGAAACCAUCCAAGCCCUCGUCGUCUCAGGAUGAUCUUCCUUUCAUGGAUGUUGGAGAGAUCACUGAUGUCCUCCACAAUCGGAUCAGAGAUUGUCCUCCAGAUUUUUUACAGGAGCUAAGUGAGAGGAUUCACAGGCCAUUACAUACAUCAUAUCAAGCUGUUGUGAAGUCAGUUUUCCAAAUUUCUGCUCAACAAUCGAAAGAAGCUGGAGAGAGUGGGCAGGACGCAUCUGCAGGUGGUUGUGCGGAGAAGAAAUCUCUCGCGAAAUCUCGAAAGCAAAGUAUUGAAGAGAUCAGCACAAUGUGGGCGAACACACGACUGUUCAUGGAAGCUAUCAAGUUGUUCGAAGGUGAUACAGCGGUACAACUUGAGAAACAUUUGUUGAAAACGAUUUGUCUUGAGAUCACCAACUCCAUUUUUGCUUUGGUGGCGAUUGAGUCGGUGUCUGGCGCAGAUGCUAACACUGAGAUGACAGCAAACGUUCGUAUAAAAAUGCUCUCGUUGUUCCCGGACGAGCUCAAACCUUCGCUCACCCGUCUUAAUUCAAGCGUGACGGGUAAGGAUCUCCAUGAAUUCACUGAAGCGUUACAAGAAGCCACCAGUCCGAAAACUUGCGACAUUUUUCUGCGAUCAGCUGAUAAGAAAAAAGAUCGGCAAGUAAUGCAUGGCCACAAGAUGUCUCUGUUAAAACAGUUGGAAAAUGAAAGUAAUGGAGCAAUGGCGCUUCACCUGGCUGUCACUAUUGUGUUUCAGUCAGUCACAGGUUGCAUGAUCCACACUCCAGGAAAAUGCGUUCCAGAAGUUCUUGGGAAGAUUCAACCAUUGGUUGAUAAGGAUGUGCAUCGAACACUAAACCGCUACCAAGACCUCGUCAUGAAAGAAAUGAUAACUCGAAAAUCUUCUACACCGGAUAAUGACCACUUGGCUGAGCUACAGAGUGAUUUAAUCAACGACUUACCUGUUAUUCAAACAAUCGCUGCAACUACAAAGAAACAAACCACCUAAUGUGUUUAAUCAUUUGUGAAUGGCAAAGGGACAAGUUUUAAUGUCGUUUUAUUAAAGUUUAGACCUUUAUGCUUGUGGUGUUAUUAGCUUAAAAAAGCGACUGAGAUUUUGUAUAAUGAUUCAUAUUGUAUUCGAAUUAUAUUGUUUGUACCGGAUUAAUGUUGGUGGGAAGAUGGUGCCUUUCUGGUAUAAUAGGAGUUCGGUACGACUUUCGUUGUGUGCAAUACAUUUUGAGUGACAAGAAAUAUAAUUAAUUACAGUUGG